CGGCGAUUCCCGCUUCAGUAAGAGACAGGCGCCCAAGCCGCUCGCACGAACCUGACCGCCGCACAAGGUACCCGGAACGACCCAAGAUGGCUACCGGCCCGAAGUUAGUGCACAAGCAGUUCAACUCGCCCAUCGGGCUGUACUCGCAAAAGAACAUUCAGGAGACGCUCAACAAGCACCUCUCUAACCUUGAUAAUGGAGGCGUCGGGAUUGACUUCAGCAACCCCAGCACCGAGAAGCCGGGCAACCUCGCGCACUCCGCCGUGCUGCGGAUGCUGGAGGAGGAGGAGCGUGGCCGCAGGAACCCCGAGAUAUUUGCAACCCGUGAACAAGCUAUAAAGAUAGUAAAAGUACGCGCAACACGCCGCUUCGAAUCCUGCUGGCCGCCAGAACGCAUGGUAUCUGCCCACUGUUGGGAUGGACUGCUUAACGCAAAUGGGCAUAUACACACACACUUUAUGAAGCCAGAGGAAGGCAAAGGUCAGAAGAAAGUAGUGUGGCCACCAGUGCCUGAAACCAACGGCUACCACCAGCCACAACACCAGCAACAGCAGAGUCCCGCGUACCACGCACAGCACUCCCCCUCCGCGCCGCAAUCGCACCCGCAGCAAUACCAAACCCCACCCAAGCCCCAAUACCAUAAUAGCCCUCAAUACAACGAGCACCAACAACAGCAUCCCCAGUACCAGCAGCAGCCCCAAUACCAGCAGCAGCAGAAUCAGCCGGCGUACUGCGACGGCAGACGCCAAGAGCCGACAGGGUUGAGUAAGCUGAUCCCCUUCGGACCUGGUGUGACCGCGUCUCCGGCCCCGGCGUACCGACAAGGCCCACCGUCCCCUGCCGCGGCCCCUUACAAACAGCCUAACUCCCGUUGGGCCCCUGUACCAGCUCCCCUCUCUCCUCAGGCGUACCCACAACAGCAGCCGCAGUACUCGCCUCAGCAGCAGUACUCUCAGCCACAGCAGCAAUACCAGCAACAACAGUACUCGCAGCCCGAGUACGCGCCGCCGCAGUACUCCCCGCCUGAGUACCCCCCGCAGUACGAGUACCAGUCCCCGCAGAGGCAGUUCGAACCCCCACCGACGACCAUCACGCUUCGUCAGCAGCCCCCUGUGCAUCAGAAGCCUCCACCAGUGUUUGCUAGCCAACCCGCCACAGCGUCUUUUCAAGGAGGUGUCAACAUGCGAGGCGAUCAGAAGUGGCCGCCCCAGUCGGUGCGCGAGGCAGUCGCCGCCGAGAAUGAUGCGCGGCUCCAACUCGCCAAGGGUCCUGCCUGCAGACCUCGCAAGCUCCGGCAAUAUUCGCUUGCCGAGCUUAUCGUCAAGAACGAGGUGUAGGCGUGAUACAAGCUUUAUACCUGUUGUCAAAAAGGACUACACUGGCUUCUUUGCGCAACACGCCCUAAACCAGAGCUACCCCGGUUACCGCGCGCCCCCGGGCACGCAACACUACGAGGACCAUUCGGGCCGAUCUUCUUAUUAGAAUCAUAGUGACUAACGUAUCUCAUAAGGCAGAAGACUACAAUAAUAGUAAUGUAACCUGUAUUCCAUCCGUCAGAAGCAAAACUGCGCCUUAUUGCACAGUAUCAUUACGAUUGAUUGAUUGAUCAUGCCAACUAAGUAAUAUCACAGAAUCUAGUUCUAAAAACGGUAGGUACCACCGUCGGUUGCAAACUGACAUAGUGGUACCUCUUGCCUCAAAAUUGUUACCUAAGCCAAAACGUGUCUUAAACUUCAUAGGGGCUGAGAGGCUAGGUAACAAAACAAACUAACAAAGACCCAUAUACCUAACAAAUCAUUGAUUCUCAAAGAAGAUCACGACAAGAAGUAGCGUAAGUACUUGUAUUGACUUUAGGUAUAAAGUCUUGACGCAUGUACGGAAUUGGAUUACAUUGUAAUCUAAAUUUAAUUGUUAUCAUGUAUCAUUAAUUAGCAUAUAAGUUUAAAAUUAACAACAUUGACCUACGUAUUAAUAUUUCGACGAUGAUUUCGAUGUAAUGUGCGGCUUAUUUGAAAAUGCGAAAGUAAAACAUAUCUUUUAAAAUGCUUAUUAAUACCAAAUGUACAUAAUUCUUGUUUUUUUUUAUUACAAAGAACUAUUAAAAUUGUUGAAUUUAAACCGUGCUUCGCCAAUUAAUAUUAGUAAUCGGAUUAUUACUAUAAGAAUCGUUUGGCUGGCUAAGCUAAAAUGUAUACUACCUAGUCAUUGAAUGAGAUUACAAAAUAUUUUGUAUAUAAUUUGUUGAAAUUACCUUAUUGAUUUAUUUAUUUGGUAUUUCAUGAUGUAUAUUUUUAAGAAAUAAAUUAUUUCGAAAGUC